AUGAUUCCUCCAUUACCCGAAUCUACGCUAACAGCGAACCCGGAGUUCGCUCGGCUGUGGGAACAGCUCACGACUGAAAUCUUGCGGAGUGAUGCGUCACGACGAAACCUGGGGAACCGCUGGGAUGGGGACCGGGAUGGGGAUGGAGGAGAAGGAUCGGGUGAAGAUUCGUUGGGUGCGGCCAUGACUGGACUGAGGCUCGAUGGCGGGACCGGGUAUGAGCGGUAUGAUGGAGUUGAAGGCCCGGAUCCCGAUGACGAUGACGAAGAUGUUGAAGAUGAAGAUGAAGACGAAGAUGAAGACGUUGGCGAGCAGCAGCAGUGGAAGUCACUCGAUGCUGAUUGGGGGCAGCGAUUACCGGACAGGAAUCUUCCAAAUGACAGGAUACGGACUGGGAAGAAGCCCAAGACCAAGACGGCUAGUUUCGAAGAGAGACUGCAACAACACCGAGUCAAUAGGAUGAAAGCGUAUAUUCUGCGCUCGCUGCUUGCCGACGUCACAUACUGUGGGAGCAUGGGAGAUCGAAGCCUCGAGCCAGAUGAAGUUGAGGCAGAUAGGAUUGGGGAGCGGCAGUCUACAACUACAACCACAACCCUAGCACACUGGCAGUCCCAGAUAUCGAAAUCGACGACGGAGACUGCUAAGGCGCAGCAGAGUGAGUUGAGGGAUUUAUUGCUUCUCAUUUCGGCGUAUCUGGAUGUUAGUACGAGCAUGAGCCUGAACAGGUCCUCUACGAAACAGGAAUUCCCUACACGGCUGGCGGCAGAGAGUGAGAGUGGAAACAAGGAAGACCAAACAAGCGAGCUGCAGCUACACCACCUUCUGGAAGAGGAGAUUGCUCGCUUCAAAGACAGCCUCCCGUUGGUGGGGGAGCUGCUCGGGUCUCGACUCGUGGAAGUUGAGUCCAUGCUGGAGGAUAUCGCUGCGCUUGCUACAACUACCACGACUACAGCCAAAUCUACUACUACUACUAGAACAGUCCGCUCCCAGACCUCUGGAGAAUCACGACCCCUACUAUCCAACCACAUCGAAGGACAACUGUCCCAACUCCGACAUCUGCAAUCCGACGUUCUUGCAAAGCGCUUAUCCGACGUGACAUGUCAUUCACAAACCCUGCUCGCCCUCCAACGUGAAUUGAAUUGUCUACAGCUCCAACAUCUGGAAAGAUCCAAGCACGGCGUAUUGCACCGACACUCGAUGGCGAGACUUGGGUUUCUCAAAACUGUCGCUGAAGCCAUGGAGUUGAAGACGAGGGUGGCUGUGCUUGAGACUAAGAGGGAUUUGGGAAGGAAUAGAACGCGUGGGGACGGAGUUGUGGACUCUGACACUGACGGUCUUGCUCAGCGGCUUCGCGAUAUGGAUAGAGAGGAAGUCGAGGCUGAUGAGCGCCUUGAUGCGUUGGAGCGGCUGUUGGAAGAGUAUGAUGCCGUCCUAAGACCAGAGGAACAACAAAAGACAGGUGGAGGUGGAGAGCAGAUUAUGCAGAAAUUGGGCGCGAGGUACAGGGAGAUCGAGGGGGAAAUGGAGAGUGUGAAGCGGGAUAUUGAGAGGUUGGGACGAGUGGCUGGUUGA